GCAUCUCUGUGCCAUGUUUGUGUUCUUCUGUCGCAAACAUUUUCAUGUUUAUAAACACACUAGAUCAUCCUGACGCUGUGGAUUAUUAAUCUGACGCACAAUAAACUGAAUAAUGUGGAUAUCUGAGGUCGUUUAUUGGAUUACCGGUGGCAGAAUAUGAUUGUUUGGUCUCCCCAUUGAUUCAAGAUCGCACUGAAGAGGUAUGGAUGAUUUGUCAUAUUUGGGGUCUGGCUGAGGGCCGCUGUUGCCCUGGCGUAUGCACCCCAUUGGCUUGAACUACCAGCAUGUACCGUAGAAACGGCCUAUGGGAUGGCACCAGCAUUAGCUCCGCCUCCUCUGAGGGAAGUAACAGCUCGCUGUCUGUGGACGGACUGAGCGCCGACUACACCAAAACCUACGAUGCUGUUGUGUUUGAUGUGUUGAAAGUGACGCCAGAGGAGUUUGCAAGCCAGAUUACCCUGAUGGACGCCCCUGUGUUUAAAGCCAUACAGCCUGAGGAGCUUGCUAGCUGUGGCUGGAACAAAAAAGAAAAACACAUUUUGGCUCCUAAUGUUGUUGCUUUCACGCGAAGGUUCAACCAGGUAAGCUUCUGGUUAGUACGAGAAAUCCUAACCGCUCAAACGCUGAAGAUCCGUGCAGAGAUCCUGAGCCACUUUGUAAAAAUCGCAAAGAAACUUCUGGAACUAAAUAACAUGCAUUCUCUGGUGUCAGUGGUGUCAGCAUUGCAGAGUGCUCCCAUCUUCAGACUCAGCAAGACCUGGGCGUUAAUCAGCAGGAAGGACAAGGCCACAUUUGAUAAGCUGGACUACCUGACCUCUAAAGAGGAGAACUACGCCAGGAUGAGAGAGUAUAUCAGGUCGCUCAAGAUGGUGCCCUGCAUCCCUUACCUGGGAAUCUACCUGCUGGACAUGAUAUACAUCGACUCGGCCUAUCCUGCCUCUGACAGCAUCAUCGAGACCGAACGGCGAACCAAUCAGAUGAACAAUAUCCUGCGAGUCAUCUCUGACCUGCAGAUGUCCUGUACAUACGAUCACCUCGUGACCCUCCCUCAUGUGCAGAAGUACUUGAUGUCUGUUCGCUACAUUGAGGAACUUCAAAAGUUUGUGGAGGACGACAAUUUCAAACUGUCUCUGAAGAUUGAACCAGGAAACAGUUCUCCUCGCAUAUCCACUUCCAAAGAAGAUCUCGCAGGUCCAUCUGAGGUAUCUCUCUUAACGAGGUAUAAUCGACGGCCCACCUGCCCUGAUGCCACCGUGGGGGUCCAUAUUCCCACCCCUCCCCCGUCACGCCACAGGAAGAGCCACAGUCUUGGCAAUGCGAUGAUGUGGCAGUUUGGUGUGGUGGAGAGUAAAAGUGCAACGUUACCCAUAGAGAAACCACGCCACCUGCUGGACGACAGCUUCUUAGAGUCACAGAGUCCGGCCCGGAACAAUCCACACAGCUUGUCUGUGUCCAAUGGCAUAUCUAUAGGAAGCAGUCGGAGUUUGUUCUGUGAUGACCUUUCUCCAGGGGUCGAGAGGGGGCGCAUGUACGCCACUCUGGGCCCUAACUGGAGGGUUCCUCAUCGCAACUCCCCUAGAGGUCGCUGCCAUGCCCACAGUCCGUCAGUAGCAGAACCCAGUCUGAGUCAUGGAGUGGCGGGUGGUUUCACGAUGGAGGGUCCGUUAAAGAGGAAGACCCUGCUGAAGGAGGGCAGGAAACCAAAGCUGGCCUCGUGGACGCGGUUCUGGAUCACACUGUCUGGUUCCACUCUCAUAUUCUUUGGAUCUAAAUCGCUGCGUGCCACAGACAGAAAACAUUACAAGUCUUCACCGUGUAAGAAAGUGUCGGUUUUGGGCUGGAUGGUGGUACUGCCAGAUGACCCGGCUCAACCCAACAUCUUUCAACUCAACGAUCCUGAUAAAGGUAACGUUUACAAGUUUCAGACCAGCGAUCGCUUCUCUGCAAUCAUAUGGCACAAACACCUGGAGGAGGCGUGUCGGAGGAGGAGAACUCAGAUACCAGCAAAUCUCAUGUCGUUUGAGUAAAUGGAGAUAGCUCAAGCCUGAAGAUGUUUAAUGUGCCAAAGGUCCACACAGACGAGGUGAAUGCGUUUGGUUCAAUGGAAGGAUGAAUGAAAUAGCGAAAAACCUUCAACAUUUGAUUGAAGAGUCCACUGAACUUGUCGUCCCCACUGAAGAUGUUUCAGACCUGGACUCAAGAUGGAGAUUUGCACAUUAGUUCGUAGGUCUGGUGAAGGAGAUGGUAAGAAAUGAGGUCUGGGGGGGACCUGGUUACAGGAUUAGCCCCCUCCAAACUGUUGACAGUGUCGCUUCACCUAUGCUAGAUGUUGUUACAUUUUGGGGGAUUAAAUUAUACACAGAUGCUCAGGAUAGGCGUUGAUCCCAAGUUAAAAGGGAAAAGACAAAACCGUGCCACCCACGAUUUGGUCAAUCAGUCCCAAAUGAUGAUUGUGAGUCCCGUUGGUCUGUUGCAUAAGUUUACUGUAAAAGGCCAAAGCAACAGGAACUUGUAAGCACUAAGAGUCGUACACAAACAAAGUUGGAUCACAACAAUUCCGCCGAGGUAACAUUUAAACUUGCUAUUGAUGUCUUUUACUUACAAAUGUAUCAAGGUGGCCAAGAGUAGCAUAAUCUGUACAUCUCCUUUUUGAGCACUUCUUUGCAAAGAUGGCCACUUUUAUUUCAGAAAUGUGACAUUGUAAAUAGGGAGUCAGAGUGCGUUGGCAGGGCUGGUUUGAACAAUGUUUGUGAGUGUGACUUGUUUACAUCAGGGAUUCUGAAUUCAAUAUCAGUUUUAGCUGUUUUAUACUUGUGAAUGCUUGUAUUUGGCUUUAAGUAUUAAGUUAUAAAUUCACUUUUUUUUUUUUUUUUUUUUUUUGAAGAAUAAAUAGUUUGACUGAUUUUAUGUAGGUUUUGCUUACACCACAUCACAACAUUGUCAAGGUUAACCCUCCUAUUGCGUUCAAAAUCUGCAUACACCUUUUGCAUUCGCUGGUCAGUUUUGACCUGGUGGAGUUUUAAGCUUAUUAGCUUAUUUAAUCAAAAACCAUAUUGUAGCUCAUUGUUAACUUCUUAGCUGUUCAUACAUGUGAAAAGAUCAAUAUUUUUGGCAUGUUAACUGAGUAAAAUGAAUGUUGAUAUGUAUGAUGUCAGUUUUUUCUUUUUUUUUUUUUUAUAAAAAAAUGAGAAAUUCUUUAACAUUUCAAAAUAUACAUUUAACUACAGCUAAACCAGUGUGAUGCAUGUUAAGAUAUAUUUUUUUAUCAAGGUGUAUAUGAAAUUUCAUUUGAAUAUAACAUUGCAUUAAAUUUAUAUAAAUAUUUAAAGUGAGAAUUUUCCUAUUAACUUCCAUAUUAGUUACUCAUAAUUACAAAUUACUCCUGAAAAACAACUCAGAAAUCAAAGUCUACGCAACCAAAUCCAUUUUUUUUUUCAAUCAGAUAAAAUCAAACAACUAUAAAACACAACUACACAACAUCUGUACUUGUAUACAAUGUUUUUAAACAAAAUAUAUCAUGAUCUGCUGGAUGUUAAUGUGUGAUUAUGCUGCAGGUUGGUUCAUUAUCAGAUCAGUCUGUAGAGGGCAGCAGAGUAAAAUGUGGACUUCAGACUAUUUAUGCUUGAACUUUUGCUCUUGCCACACCUCUCUUUAGGCAGUUUUUCCUUUGAUAUAGUUUAUUUAUAUUUGUUACAUCUGUUUUGUCAGUUCUGUGUUUGAGUGUGUAUCCACGUAAACAAGAUGUUUGUAAACAAGAUGAAAAAAGAAAAGUGUGUUUGAGAGUAUGGGAAAGAGGCUAAAUGCAAGAAAAGUAUUUUUAAGAAAAAUCGAAUUCAUGUACGAAAAUAUCUGCAUAAUAUCAAGUGUAAAGCCACAGUUGAUGAAUGCAAAAGAUGUAACAAUUUGAUAAAAAAUGGUAAUAUUUCUUAAAUAAUUUCUUCUAAAAAUCUGAAAUCUUGACAGAGUCACAAAGUUUGGUUCCUGUACGAAAAACUAUGUGGUAUUUAAAAAUGAUUAUUUACCUCUACCAGGCCUAAAAUGACCUGAAUGCAAUAGGAGGGUUAAACCAGUUGAAAAUGUGACAAAUGUUGGGAAACUGUUCUGACAAAUAUGUUACUAUCACAGAAAAACGUCUGUCGCACAAAAGAAAGUUUGCGUUUGUCCCAUUUGUUUUUUGAAAGGGUUUCUUUCAGCUGGAGGAAAAAUAAAAAAGGCAAAAAGGCAACCCAUUUUUUAAUAUGAUCACUCUAUAAACACACUUAUUGUCCAUUGAGCUCAUCUCAUAAAGAUGAAAACUGAUUCUUUUGACUCUUGUUCUUUUGUCAUUUACUUGGUGAAUCUCACGACACCUGUCAAGAACAUGGCCGGGUCACAUUUCACCCCAAAAUUAAUAGAAAAAAACAAGAAAUUAUAUUUUGCAUAAAGAAAAUGAAGCCCAAAAUGUUUUUUUCUCCCCAAUACUCAUUAAUGUAAUGCAAAAAAAACAAAACAACAAAAAAAAAAAUCAUAAUAAUUAUUAUAUUAUAGUAUCUCAUAUUUAUUCAGAUUGCAGUAAUGUUGAUAUUUGUUCAAUAAAAAAAAAAUCUUAUUACAGUAAUGAGAAUCACCAUUUAGAAUAAUGAAAGUUACAAAAAAGUAAACUGUCAGAAUGCAUUAGGGUAAUGAGGCAGAUUUAAAUCAUUUUUACAGUACAAUAAAAAUAACUGUGUUACAGUAAAGAGAUGCAUUACGGUAAUGAUAAUUUGGGGUAACGGGAGCUUAAUUGUCAUAAAAUAAAGUCACAAUGAUAAAAAUUGUAGCAGUCCAUAAAUAGGCCCAUUGUCUCAAGAUUAUUUUUUUUUUUUUUUUUUUUUUUUUUUUUUGGCUUGAAAUGUUAUCUGGAUGUGUUUUCGUGAUUCUAUUGUCAUUUACAGUAAAUAUUAAAAGAGCAGCUUGCAUGUUUGCAGCUGAAUACUCAAAUACAUGUAAUGACGUGCGAAUGUGACACUGAAGAACUGAUUUAAAAAGAGUAUUGAUUUUGAAGAGAUAUCUAUUCUUUUAUGUCUGUUAAUGUCAGUUUAGCUAUGAACCAUCUGACAGCGCUAAAUGAAGUUGACGUAAAAAGAGGACGUUUUAGGGAUUUAAAAAUGCUCAUUCAUAUUCAGAGUGAAAGAACAGCAUUGGUCACUAAGGUGUAGUUGUGUGUAAAUGUAUUUCUCCUAUUUUGUUGUGAAUGAAGUUUGUCUUUUAAGGCACGCUUGUGUCUGAAUGAAGUCUAACUCUUGUAGAGGUCAUAUAUGUUUCUGCCAAUGAAGGAGAAUUGACUGUCGGUCUAGAAUACUGUACGCACUGCUCUGAAAUACAACUCAAAUACACUCACAUCGGCUUCAGAAAGUUUCACACUAAGCAGUCCAAACCAGCUUUGCUUCAUUGAGUUGCCAUUAAAGAAAUAGUUAAUCCAGAGAUGAAAAAUCAGUCAUUAUUUAUUCACCUUCAUUUUGUUCCAAACCUGUAUGCUGUAUUUUGUUUGCUUUUUGUUUUGUUUUCCUGGAACAGAAUCUUCUAUAUAAAACUGCAUAAAACAUCAAGGCACGUAAACGAUUACAGAAUUUUCAAUUUUGGGUGAACUAUCCCUUUAAAGGUGAAUUUCCCGUUUUGGUUGCUGGAAUAACAUCCUCUCAACACUCUAAUGGUAAUAAUACUGCUGACCCACAGCAUACUGAGUUUUAAUAGUGAUUUGAUAUUUGUUGUGAGUAUUAUUCACAUUGCAUCAGUUGCAUCAUUCAUAUGUGUUAGAAUUAAACCAGUGUCAACCACUUUAAAAAGGCACUUGUUUUUGAAGAAAGUUUUAUUUGUGUUGUCCAACAUAUGAUGAUGUCAUGAUCAAACUUAACCUGUUUUCAAUAUAUGUUUUUGCAUUGAAACACAAAGACACGCAUGUACAGGAGCACUGCAUGUAAAUUAUGUUUUUUUUUCUGCCGUAACUGUGAAUUUAAAUCUCUUGUUUUAUUGCCAUGUAAAUAUGUUGCUAAAUUAUUUCCUAUUUGUGAUACAUUGCGGCAUAUCAGCUGAACUGCUCAGUCUCCUGUACAACCAUUAAAUG